UUUUCGUUUUUUGUUCGUUUUAGUUUUCCGAGUGGAGCUUGGUUCAGAGCGAGUGGUGGUUUGAUCUUUGAGCGAGUGGUGGUUGUAAGCUCUUCAUCUUCUGCUUUUACCGUUCGAUUUGUUCUUUGGUUUGCUUUGUCAAUUUAUUUUUUUUGGGGGGUGGUCAAUAUCUUCUUGUGUGUGUGCGCGCGCGAGCUCGCGGCAGUGUUUAGAUCUUGCUCAUAGUGAGAUCUGGUUGAAGUGGGGCUCAGGAAUGCCCCUUUUGUUUUGGCAAAAUUUACUUGUUUUUCUUUCUUCUUUUUUUUUUUUUGGUGAAUUUGCUCUUCUGGAUUCGAUUUGCGAAUUGAAAAUUGAAUAUCGGGUGAUUUUUUUCGAGUUCGGAUUAACAAAUUGUUUUCGUUUCUAAGCUCUAACUCAUUCAGUUAGCCAAGCGUCCUUUUCGACAAUUGAACCCUAACCCUAGCUUUAAAUUCCCAUCGCAAAGUAGGAGGAAAUUAGAUAUCAAUGUCCAGAUCUCUCACCUUCGCUGUCUAACUGCUAUAUACACCAUAUUUGUAUUUGUUUUUCUAUUGUCAAUUUUUUUAUUUAUCACCCACCUGCCUCUCCCUCUCUCUCCCUCUCUCUCUGCUGGUUGACUUUAAAUGUGAUGCCAGACCCCUCCACCUUUAUCUCUCUUCCACCACCAGUACCAUUAACAGUGCCUCAUGGCUCGUCCCCAGUUGGGUUAAUGUAAUAUAGAAAGAAUCAUCGGCCAUAGAAGAAAAUUAAACAAAAAGGACUUUUUUUUAUUCCCGUCUAAGAUAUCAAAGGUCGCAACGAUGUGGUCGGUGUAGGUGUUCAUAUCUUUUAGCUUAGCUGGUCUCUAGUUCAGGAGGUAAAAGAACCAGAAAAUUUUGAGAUCAUGCGCUUAUGAUGGAAGUCCUGAGACAAAAUGACAACCAGUUGAUUGUGUUCAAGUUAGAAAAUAAGGCAACAUGUGAAGGGAAAGAUGCUCAUGCAUCAUCUUUUCCAGAAAAAGAGAGUGGAUAUGUAGAUUGUUCCCCAGAUAUCUUCAUGGAUGAGGAAGCUUCUAUUAGAAGAAAUCAGUUUAACUCUGAAGCCUCGGAUGCUAUGCUUAAGAAUCCUCCAGAUGGGUCUGGAUUGAUUGAAGAAGGAACUACAUUAUACGUGUAUAAUGCAUAUGUUGAACAACCCGAAACAAAAGUUCAUUCAAACGAUGAAGUGUGCCCAGUUUUGAGAAACAGUUGCUCAGAUGAAGGCUCAGCCUCUCAUAGUUCUGCUUUUCUAGAGAAUAAUGAGGUCAAAGUUAUCUUGGCAACAAAUCGUAAUACUGAUGUAAAUGGACAAAUCAUAGUUGGUCCUCCACACUCCGUACAAGAAUUGGAGCAAACAACAACAAUCAAAAAGGCUAUUGAGGUUCAGAACUCCCUGAAGUCAAUUGUCGAUGGAGUAGAAACGAAGACAAUAGGCCAAGUUAAAAAUCAAAAUUUUUCUCCAAACAUUACUUUAGAGGAGUUGCUGUUGCAAAGAGAUUCUGACAGGGAUCACGGUAAAGUGGAUCUGAUCUAUUUGGACUUCAACAGCAAUCAUAAACAAUGCAUUGAUCAUGAGAAAAUUGAGCAGACAAAAAUUGAAGAUGCAAGUUCUAUGACAAUAUUAUCAUGCAUUGACCCCAAGUUCGAUGAUAACGCUGGAGCAAACAACUAUCCUUCUGUUGAUACAUCUGAAUUCUUGAGGGAGAGUUGUUCUAUAUCCCCCGAGUUGAUUUCUGAUUCCACAAGCUCCAACCACAGUGGAACUGAGAGCAAUCCUCAUACUGUGGUGGAGCUUGUUGUGUCUGAAGUAGAAGCAACAGCUGUCAUGGAGAAAGGAGAAAUCACAGUUGGUCAGGAGCCCUCCCAGCUUCAAAACCUUAUUUUUAGUACCAAUCACAGCAAAACCGAGGGAAAUCUUCCUGAGGUUGGAGUGGAGCUUAUUGUAUCUAAAGCUGAAGCAACAGCUGCCAUGGAGGAGCGAAGAGACAAUACAGAUUCCCAAGAAUCCCUGAAUGUUCAAACUCUUAUUUCUGAUUCCACACUCACCAACAGCAGUGAAACUGAGGGUAGUUUUCCUACCAACGAGGUGGAGCUUAUUGUGCAGGCAGCAGAAGCAACAGAUGCCGCUGAGGAGAUAAAAGACACUGCAGAUGCUCAAAAAACCUUACAAGUCCAAAACCUUUCUGUCUCUCAAUCGUCAGUUCCUGAUGCUACGACCGAUCCACCCCGAAGUUCCUUCUCUCACAGUUAUCAUGCAGACUUGAUUGUUUCCGGACCAAGAACAUCUUCAGGGCGUAUUCCAUACUCUGGUAGCAUUUCUAUGCGAUCAGAUAGCAGCACGACAAGUACUCAUUCCUUCGCCUUCCCAAUACUGCAAAGGGAGUGGAACACCAGCCCAGUGAAAAUGGCUAAAGCAAGGAAGCAACGGUGGAGAUUCGGACUCAACUGCUGUAAAUUCUAAACAUAUAUUUGUCAUCAAUUUUUUUUUCUUUUUUGAUUUUGUUUAUUAGUGAUCACCUUAUGUCUUAUACCUCAAUGUUAAAUCUAUCAGUCUUUUUUUUUUGGGGGGUUGUUUGUGUUUGUGUAUUGAUUCAGGAUGAUAUUAAAAAAAAAUAGUGGGAUUGGAGUUUGGAUUUCAUCUAAUAAGAGAAGUUUUGGUUUA